CGGGACAUAUGCUGGCAGAACUAAUGUUGCGAUCGCGGAUGUAAGGUCUAACCUCGUGGACUGUGAAGAUAAACUUCGUUUAUUGGGCACUGUUCAACUGUUUUUUUACAAUCAAUAUAAUUUCUUGUAAAAUAAACAGUAAAAAUGAAAUCAAUCGAAGAAAUAAAUCACAUUAAAAAUAAGGAAAAUCGCCGUAAACUUUACAAAAAGUAUUUACGAAUCAAGAGGAGGGAAAGGAGAAAAGCCGAAUUUUUGAAGAGGAAAGUAGUAGCCGAACAAGGCCCAGAUGCUUGGCCAACAAAACCAGUUCGCUCCAUCGAGGGCGAGCGUGAAGAUGAAGAAACAGCUGUUCACGAUGCACAGGAGGAGGAAAUUGUGAUUGAGGAAGCUAUUGACACGUAUAAAGAAUAUUAUCAAAAGGAAGCAAAGCCCAAAGUGUUGCUUGCUUGCACAUCACGCCCUCACUCGCGCACCAUCACGUUCUUGAAGGAGUUGAAGCGAGUCAUACCAAACAGUUAUGUUAAAUGGAAAGCGAAUGCCAAAAUCAAGCAGCUUGGUAUUGCUGCCCAUCUCCGUGGUUUCACUGAUAUAAUCGUCAUCAAUGAAGAUAAUAAGAAGCCAAACUCAUUGCUGCUCACACAUCUGCCCGAAGGACCUACUGCUUACUUCCGUCUCAGUGGCGUCAAAGUUUGUAAAGAACUCAGGAAAGAUCCAAAUGAUAUCAUGAAAAUGAGACCUGAGGUGUUGCUGAACCACUUCACCACACGGCUCGGUCGGCAAGUGUCCCGUAUGCUGGGCGCCGUGUUCCAUUACUCGCCCAACUUCAAGGGGCGCCGCGUAUGUACCUUCCACAACCAGAGGGACUUUAUCUUCUUCAGAAACCACUUAUACCAGUUCCGCUCCGAAGAGAAAGUUGGCUUGCGGGAGCUGGGCCCGCGUUUCACCCUGAAGCUGAUGUGGCUGCAAGAAGGCGUCAUGGAGGGAGACUACGAGUGGGUCUACAAACCCAGGGAACAGGAGACCAGCAGGACAAGAUUUGUUCUAUAGACAUCACUAAAAUAAUCAAAUAUUUGCGUC